AUGACCACGGAUAGUCAGGUCGAGGGCAAUGUCGAGUUCUGCACUCUGGGCAUGUUCAUCCUCGAUGAUAUCGACUUUGGAGGACCUAGACCCAACGUGAAAAAUAUCAUUGGUGGUGCAGCCUCUUAUGCUGUAGUCGGUGCCCGCCUUGUCGCUGGGAAGGAACAUUCAAGCUCUGUAAGCUGGAUUGUGGACGUUGGCUCAGGUUUUCCUACCGAAGUUCUAGGCGUCAUCAAGUCAUGGAAUACCAAUUGUCUUAUCAGAGAGGAUUCUGGGAGACUGACCACUAGAGCAUGGAAUGGAUAUGGGCCGAAUGAAAAGCGAGAUUUCAAAUAUCUGACGCCUAAAUUGCGACUUGAGCCUUCAAUGCUCUCCGACUCGCAGGUUCUGUCGAAGACAUUCCACAUGGUCUGCUCUUCUUCUCGUUGCAUAACCAUUGUUGAAGAUAUUCUACGCAGACGUGAUGAUUUGCGGGGAAAGGGCAAGGCCCCUUCAGCCAUUGGCGCCACGGAGAGACCGAUCUUCAUCUGGGAGCCUGUUCCUGAUCUAUGCACACCGGAAGAACAGGAUAAAUUCUUGGCAGCAGCCCGAGUAGUUGAUGUGGUCAGCCCCAACGAGUUGGAGCUGGGCAUGAUGUUCGGCCAGCCCGGGUGGACCGAGGAUAGCGAGUUCGGUCGCGAUGUCAUUGCUAGGAUACUCACGUCAGGCAUCGGGCCCGAAGGCGAAGGGCAUUUGGUAAUCAGAGCAGGAAAAGACGGUAGCUACACAUUUUCAAGGAAACAGAGGAUAUGGCUCCCCGCCUACCAUCAGCCUAGCACUUCUGGGGCUACAGCUGUUGUGGAUCCUACGGGAGCUGGCAAUUCUUCAGAAAGAGAUCCAGGCCUGAUAAUAACCUCCGUGCUUGCGAAGCGUGGAAAUUGGCAGACUAUCACGAAGGCGUCGGCAAAGCAGAGAGAUAUGCUGGUGGCCUUGAUAUGCGCCACUGUCGCUGCAGGCUUUGUGGUUGAGCAGAUUGGUGUGCCUCGUAUAACGAUAUCAAGCGAGGGAAAGGAACUGUGGAAUGGAACUGAAUUCACGGAACGAGUCCGUCUGUACACGCAGAGAUUGUAUCGAACAUUCGAAGAAACGCCCUUUAUUGUCGUACAGCCCGCAAAUAGAUGA